GUGACGGCCUGGCCUGGGGAGGGCAGAGUUGGAGGUAGUGGUGUUCGCUCUCCCUAGGCGCCAUCAGGAGCUCAGCGGGGACCGAGCCUGGGAGGCCAGUCGGCGGCAGCACCUUUCAGCUUCUGGAACAGCAGCGGCAGCGUUCAGGUUCUAAAUGGCUUCUAAGAAGUUGGGUGCAGAUUUUCAUGGGACUUUCAGUUACCUUGAUGAUGUCCUUAAGAUAGGAGACAAAUUCAAAACACCAGCUAAAGUUGGUCUACCUAUUGGUUUCUCCUUGCCUGACUGUUUGUGGGUUGUCAGAGAGGUACAGAAUGGCUUCUCUUUGAAAAAGAAAACCAUUGAGUGGGCUGAAGAUAUUAAGAAAAUCCAAGAAGCCCAGUGGGAAGCAGAGCGCAAGGCUGAGGAAGCAGAAGCUAAAGUGAAUUCUAAGAGUGGCCCAGAGGGUGACAGCAAAAUGAGCUUCUCCAAGACUCACAGUACAGCCACAAUGCCACCUCCUAUCAACCCCAUCCUUGCCAGCUUACAGCAUAACAGCAUCCUCACCCCGACUCGGGUCAGCAGCAGUGUCACAAGACAGAAAGUUCUCAGCCCACCCCACACAAAGGCAGAUUUCAAUCCUGCUGACUUUGAGUGUGAAGAAGACCCGUUUGAUAAUCUGGAGUUAAAAACUAUUGAUGAGAAGGAAGAGCUGAGAAACAUUCGGGUAAGAACCAGUGGACCCAUUAUGGCCCAGUUAUUGGACAGUAACUUGCCUAGAGGUGGCUCUGGGUCUGUGUUACAGGAUGAGGAGGUCCUGGCAUCCCUAGAUUUCAAGCCUCUUAACAAACCCAACGGCUUUAUAACCUUACCACAGUUGGGCAACUGUGAAAAGAUGUCACUGUCUUCCAAAGUGUCCCUCCCCCCCAUCCCUGCAGUAAGCAAUAUCAAGUCCCUGUCCUUCCCCAAACUUGACUCUGAUGACAGCAGUCAGAAGACAGCCAAGAUGGCAAGCACUUUCCACAGCACAUCCUGCCUCUGCAGUGGCACAUUCCGGAAUUCCCUGAAGCCUUCCACCCAAAGCAGUGCCAGUGAGCUCAAUGGGCAUCAUACUCUUGGGCUUUCAGCUUUGAACUUGGACAGUGGCACAGAGGUGCCAACCCUGACCCAUUCCCAGAUGCCUUCCCUCUCUGUCUUGUCUGUGUGCACAGAAGAAUCAUCACCUCCAAAUACCUGUCCCAAGGUCACACCUCCUAAUUCCUCAAUGUCACAAGUGCCCAACACUCCCAGCUGUCCCCAGGCUUAUUCUGAACUGCAGACGCUGUCCCCCAGUGAGCGGCAAUGUGUGGAGACGGUGAUCAACAUGGGCUACUCAUAUGAGUGUGUCUUGAAAGCCAUGAAGAAGAAAGGAGAGAAUAUUGAGCAGAUUCUCGACUAUCUCUUUGCACAUGGACAGCUCUGUGAGAAGGGCUUUGACUCUCUUUUAGUGGAAGAGGCUCUGGAAAUGCAGCAGUGUUCAGAGGAAAAGAUGAUGGAGUUUCUUCAGUUAAUGAGCAAAUUUAAGGAAAUGGGCUUUGAACUGAAAGAUAUUAAGGAAGUUCUGCUAUUACACAACAAUGACCAGGACACUGCUUUGGAAGACCUCAUGGCUCGGGCGGGAGCCAGCUGAGACCAGGCCCUGCCUAGGC